GAGGCCAGGGUCAGUAUGGACUGCCGGGGCCUAGCGCCUGCGCCAGUGCAUCCUACCCAGCGUCAGCACGGUCAGUGAGCAGGUAAGUGAGUAGCGAGUCGCUGUCUGGAUGACCAGACGAAGAGUUGCGGCGAGUGAGCGGCGCAUGUCGUUCUCCACAUGAAAAACCCUGGCUGCUCCGACACAGCAGGUUUCUGUCCUGUCAUGCUGUAGCGGAUGGAAGUAGUUUUCCUGUUUUCCUGCAUGAGCACGUACUUGCCUGAAUUUAGCUACUCGCCUGCACUCAGUGCAGUGCUGCUCGCCUGGGAUAUUUCCGUUGCUGAGACUGUGGCGAUCGUGAUACGCAAUGGACGCUAAGAAGUUGAAAAGAUACUGGUCUGGGCUUGGUGUUCCUGUAGUGCUGCUGUUGCUGCAUAUUUCUAUCCACUCCACACAAGGUGCACUCGGAGACUGUGCCGAUGUUGCCACUGGACCACCAUCAGCUCAAAUCCUACUGGUGAUGGAUGAAGAUCUUGGUGUGGUAGACCCAAGAACGGGUGAUUAUGAUGAACUAAGAUAUGUUCAUCAGCUGCUCAACAGAACUGAGAAGGAGCUGAAGUUACAGGGCAUGGGUGUGGAUCCGUCUGCUCGCAAUAUGUACUCGAUUGUUGGCUUUGGCAAGCGGUCGACAAACCAGCAAUCCUGCCAGACGCCUGCAGGGUGCUAUGCUAAUGUGUACGGCUUCAGUGCAGAUGGUGAUGGCGAUGGCGUUGCUGCUGCUGCCAGCGCUAGCACACAUGUAACAAUUGAUAAUGUACAGCAUCUUAUCUCGCAGGUCCGGGCUACAGCUCAGACAGCUGCCAAUGACAUCGUUGAUUCAUACCAGGCUAUACUAGAGGGUCUUGAUGCACUGCGCUAUAAGUCAACAUCGGCAGCAGCUACCUUCAUCAUACUGUUAACUGAUCAGGAUCGAACACACCAGUACGGAAAUCGUGGAGUUCAAUUGACACGCAGAUCUAUUCGCCGGUACUUGGAUUGUCAGAACAUUGGCAUUGCAAUGGUGGUUGACACGUUCUUCCAUGCUGCGAAGGACAGCAGAUACAGUGAUGUCACCGCCUACUAUCAGGAAUUGCUAGGCUACGACUUUGCGACAAGCGCAUUACUGGUGGCAGAAACUGCUGGCGAUUUCAAUGCCACACAAGUUACUGGUGAAGUGUCGUUUAGCAGCUGGGGUAGAGUGGACGAGGACUACAUUGCUCUGGCUAGGUUAUUACGAGCAACCGUGUGGGACAUGAAUGCUGUAGUUCGCAUUUCCAGUGAGCAGCUCCGUUCCGGUCUGAAGGAAAGUAGUCUAGCGGCUCUCAGUGCCACCGUUGCAAGCACUCUCAAGACGCAGCUUGCAAACCGCAACACGGCUGCAGAAUGCAACACUCAGUUGAGCCAGGCAUCACGUCAGUGUGCUUGCGAGGUCAAUGGCGGAAUUCCUUCAGCAGGAACUGCUUGCAAUGUACAGAUUGAUUGUGUGCCAACUCCAUGGAGCUCAUGGUCGGAAUGCCUGGGCCAGUGCGUUGGCGGAGAUGAUAGCAUCGGAGUGCGAACACGGCACAGAGGUGAAGCAACGCCACGGCGACUUCUUGGUCAGGACUGUCAUCCUCUGAUUGAGCAGAAGCCUUGCCAAAUUCUGAACUGCACUAUUGAAGGAGUUUCCAGCGGACCAACUGUUAUGCCUAGUUCUACAGUGCAUGUGUCACCUGACCCUACCAUCACCUUCCGUCCAACAACCUCUGCUGGUACAACAGACAAUGCUGAUCCUGCCUACCUGGUUGUUCAUAUUCCAAACACCACGUCAUGUGAUGACAGCAUUAUUGUCAUGUACACACUGCUAGUCUAUAGUCGGGUCUCAGGGACGCUGUGGACGCGGAAGAGCAUUCCGCCUCUGUCACUAGGCCAGAUUGCAUCAUUGGAGCUGGCAAGUGUAGCUGGCAAGACCAGUGGUGAAUAUACAGCUGUUGUAACAGGAGAAACGGCCGAUGGGACAACAUGCAGCCUUGCUGAGUAUACCAGAUCCUAUCCAUUUCAAGAUGUUUGCCUAGGUGCUGUGGUGAAGGGAGGUACGAAAUAUGUACAAACUCACAUGCAUGAUCCAGUUGCGAUGGACAUAGUAUUCGUGAUGGAGAAUACGAGAGGCAAGGAACAGUAUCACAGCUGGGUGAGCGUUUACAGCAAACAACUGGAGGCGAAUCUAACAGGUAUGGGCAUUGGAUCUUCUGCAGAGCAUUCCAAUCUCUACUCAGUGGUCGAGUUUGGUGGUACCACUGAGCCAAGACUGAUGAAGCUGAAUACAAGUGAGGAGGUGCUUGUCCGCCAGGGAAGCAUCGGAAAUCUUGUUGCGCAACUUCAGCAUGAAGGAGGAGGCCAUCAGCUUGAUGGAUAUAGUGCAUUGAGCUAUGCCAUCACCAACGCACCAUUCCGCCAUGCCGCAAACACUCGAUCUGCUAUUGUUUUCGUGACGGACGAGGAUCGUGGAGUGGAGUCGUACACGGGUGACAUUGACACAAUUGUGCAGGAACUGCGACGGAAAGACAUAGCAUUGCAGGUACUUGUUGAUACUCAGUUUAGCAUCAAUGGUGAACAUGAUAGUGAUCGUCCGGUGUUUGGCAAUGGUGACCUUGGUGCUUACCGGUACCUACCAGAAGAGAGGCGGGCUGUAUUUCUCCCUUCUGCAAAUGUUGCCUCAUAUCUUCCCUUCGCCAAUGUCGAGCAGGAUUAUAUUCAACUUGCUGAGAAGAUGGAUGGCAUGACGUGGACCAUCUUGCCUCUGUCCUAUGCUGAUGAUCAUAUGUUGGUUGCAAUUGCCGAGGCAGUUGCCGAUUCUCUACAUAUUCACGUCAGUCGGACCAGCAAUCGCUGCCUGCAGUGUGUAUGCUCUGAGCAGCACGGACAUGCUACACAAGACCAGCAGCAAGACAACCAAGGACCCAGGUUCGAAUGCUUGCCCGACUCCAAUCCUGAGAGAUGUGUUUGUGAAGCCAGCGAUGGGCAGUUCAAGUCCACUGCUAGUGCAGCAGAUAAGUGCAGAGUGACAAGAGAUUGCGUGCUGAGCGAGUGGGGUAACUGGGGUAGUUGCAGUGUCACCUGCAACAACGGGACCAGCCUUCGCAAACGAUCAGUGCAGCAACAGCCUACUGGCCAUGGUGCAAGAUGCCCUGGCCUGGGCGAUGCACGGCAAUGUGUGAUGGAGAAAUGCGAUAUUGACUGUGAAGUUUCCGCUUGGUCACCAUGGGACCAGUGCUCCGUGACCUGUGCUAGUGGACAGCAGACGAGAGCACGGCAGAUUACUGUGCCUCAGAAAGGCAUUGGCUUGCCUUGUCCUCCACUUGCGGACCAAAGAAUCUGCACAAAAGUGGUUUGUCCUGUAGACUGCGUUGUUGGUGACUGGACUAGAUGGUCAUCUUGCAGCAAGUCAUGUGAUCAAGGCAUACGGACGCGCACACGACCGAUCACUGUGCAGCAGGUUGGUAACGGCUUGGCUUGUCCCAAUCUACUGGAAACACAGCACUGUCUUCAUGAACCGUGUGAUGUAAACUGUGAAGUUAGCAACUGGAGUCGCUGGUCAGCGUGCAGUCAGUCAUGUGACUCAGGACUGACCGCUAGAACUCGCAAUGUAACAACACAACAAAGGGAUGAUGGAACACCUUGUCCUGAUUUGGAGGAGAUGAAGAGCUGUCAACUACGGCCCUGCGAUGUGAACUGUGAAGUGUCUGCCUGGUCGCCAUGGUCACCAUGCCCAGUUACCUGUGGCAACGGCACUCAAAUUCGAACACGACUCGUCACUGUAGAUCCAGUUGCCAAUGGUGACGAGUGCCCAGUGCUUGAGUCAUACCAGUCUUGUCAUCCCCGUCUGUGCGAUGUGAACUGUGAAGUGUCUACCUGGUCACCAUGGUCACCAUGCCCGGUUACCUGUGGCAGCAGCACCCAAAUUCGAACACGACUUGUCACCGUGGAUCCAGUUGCCAAUGGCGACGAGUGCCCAGUGCUGGUGUCCUACCAGUCUUGUACACCUCGUCUGUGCGUUCUGUGCAAAGGUCUCUACGAAGAAGGAGAGCGAUUGCAGCAAGUGGCAUUGGCCACCCGACCUUUAGCCAGUGACGUGGUGUUUGUAGUGGAUGAGACCUAUUCCAUGGCUGCAGAGCAUGUAUGGUUACGGGGUAUUGCUGAAAGCUUGGAUGACAUGCUGCAGCUAAAGGGCAUAGGCAAUGACUCAUCAUUGCCUAAUCGCUAUGCUCUGGUGGGCUACGGGCAGCGUGCAGACAGGCCGCUGCUACUCAGGCCACAUCAUUACCGAAGGAGCGGCUCCAACAGUGACUUUCUGACGCCAGGCGAGUUCAAGAGUGUGGCAGAAGAGAAGCUGCAGAAUGACCCUCAAGGCAGAGUAGAGGAUGGCUACCUGGCUAUACACUAUGCCCUGAAUCAACUGUCACUAAGGCACAGCUCGCAAGUAGCUGUACAAGUCAUUCUACUCAGUGAUGAAGACCGAGACAUCAUUCGUCCUGACGGUGAAAACAUCACCAGGUCUGCACUGCGCCACCAACUGCGACAGGCUGGAGACUAUCUGAACGUCAUUGUGGAUAAUUCUCUCUUCGUUGAUUCUUCAGUAGCGCUUGGCGGUAGCCGCCAGGUCGCCUAUCAAGACAGUACUCUACCUACGCCCAUGAAGACAACUGCAGAGAUGACAGUUGGUCCCGGAUUUGGUGGAACCAGUCACGAGUACGUCCGAUUGGCUUUGAAUGAAGGCGGCACUUCAUGGGAUAUCAACUACAUUCAAGCCAGUGGUGAUGCCUUCACUGCUGCAUUCCUCGAUGCCAUCGUUGAACAGGCCGUAGAGUUUGGCAACGAAUGUCAGAACUGUCAGUGUGUGGAUGACGGUGGAUCAGGAACCCUUAGCUGCACACGCAACAAGCAUCAAGCAAGAUGCAAGUGUGACGUGCAGGGCAAAACAUUUUCCACGAACUACAGAUGCAUGUAACAACCAGUGAACAAGACAUUGGCACCGUCUCGGUGAUGCCUAUAUGGAAAGUGUGAUCCUCUGUGGCAAUAUUACCCAUAGACAAAAACGGAUUGUAGCAAGCUAACUUACAUGACAUGUAAGCAAACUUCACUUGUAAGUUUGGAGAGUUCCUCACAUUCUCAAAACAUAUUGCACUUGCUGGUACACAACUUGAGUGACACAACAUGUGGUGAUAGCAAGUGCAACAGCUCAAUGACAAUAUUGACACACACCAUUGUAGUCCACCUACAAUAAUUAAUAUAGAACUGUGUGUGAAACAAAGGGUACAUAGUGAGUCACUACUAUAAAUAACAUAGCAACCAUUGUAUAUACUAGGAACAGUACUUCUCUUUUUAAAUUAUAGAGCACACAAGACCUCACUCACUCUCUCUCUCUCUCUCUCUCUCUCUCUUAUAUGCAGUCAGCUUGCUGUUUGAACUGUACUAUUUUUUUUAAACAAUUACUUUUCACGAUAAUGGUACGACUCCACUGUAGACAGUACAAUCAUGUACCGUUCUUUGAGCAUUACUUUCUUUCUCUCUCUAUAUUUCUCUCUCUCCUCUCUCUCUUUGUCUCUCUCUCUCUCUCUCUCUCUCUCUCUCUCUCUCUCUCUCUCUCUCUCUCUCUCUCUCUCUCUCUCUCUCUCUCUCUCUCUCUCUCUCUCUCUCUCUCUCUCUCUCUCUCUCUCUCUCUCUCUCUCUCUCUCUCUCUCUGUUGUUUGCUCUUGCUGGGUGCUUCAGCUCCAACUAAUUUGCGCACAUCCACUUCUUACAAAUUAUAUGUGUAUUUAAAAUAUCACAAGGGCAUGCUGACUUGCUCUUUGACGCUGUACAUGUGUAUACUCACUCUGUUUACAUCUGCCGGAAAAAGUUAGGAUUUAAAAAUCA